AGGAAUGAGCAAUUAAAUAAAGAAUAACAAUUAAAAACGAAGACCGACAGCAGUAACAUGAUUGCUUUUUUUGAAAAGGAAAGGGACAAUCAACGGAAAUGCAACAUCCCUUUGUUGUGAGGCUUUUUGAUGAGGUCAUGGUGGAACAGUCAGGUUUGCUGCGGCAGGAAGAAUUGAGUCGGUGGGGAAGCAAGAAGGACGGAACGUGAGUGAAGAGCACCUUAGGACUGGUUAAAAGGAAAAGCAGCCUCAGUUCCCAGAGUGGGAUCUCCAGAGAGAUUGUGGGGACAGCGGGGCUGUGCAUUUUGGCACCCCUUUCCAAGGAGACUCCAAAAAACAAGGGCUGUUAUAUUAACAAUCUGGUUUGGGCUGUUUUAGCUCAACUGGGAGCAGGUCUUUUGCAAAGUCAGUGGCUCUUCAUGACAGGUUCCAGAACAAAUUACCCUGAAAUGGGUUGCAUCACAACAGGAGCAGUUAGAAAACAGUUGCUAAAGGAAUGGUUGGAAUAUAUCUUUUCCCCUGAGAUAACGGGGUUUCCUUGCCUCUCUGUUUUACUCUCAGCCUUCCCAGGAUCAGCUGUGUCCAUAGACAGAGUGAAGAGCUUGCCUCAGGCGGCGGGCUCUGGGAGCCGGCAGCAACAGCCUCCCUCUUAGGAAGAGCUAACUGGCUGCCUGUUUCCUUGUCUCAAAAGUAGAACCUAUUCAUGCCACAGAACCUGCCCUGCCUCCGUUAAACUCGCUUCUUGCUUUGGGGGCAUAUAAGCCCCUCACGGCUUUUCAAGCAAGAUCUGAGUGCCAGUCUUGGUCCCCUUCCGAAUGGAAAGACAUCAUUGACAGAUCCUUCUGUCCCAAGUGGCAAAAGACUACAGGCUGCCUCACAGGGUUGUCGUGAAGAUAACAUGGGAAGCCAGGAGCUGCACCUUCUUCCCUGACAGACAAAGAGGUAGAAUAAGACAUUUAAAAAGAAAUUCGAAAGCUGUUUGAGCUACAAAGAAAGAAUUAGAAGUCAGGGCAAAACAAAAAUGCAUUUUUCCUUCUCGGAAAGGAAUUUGAAGUUUCUUCUGCUUCAAGGCAGGUGGGGGGGAUGUGAAACCUCAAACAUGGCCAAGUCCUUCCCCCCCCUUCCCCUGGUUUAAUUUGUUUGCAGAAAGCUUUGCUGGACUCCCGGGAAUAGCAAUUGAUUCUGGUUUCCAGAGCAGUCUUUUUCCAUUAUUCUCUUACUCAAAGUCCGGGUAGCUCUCAGCAUCAUCGCCUGCUCGCUCAAAACUCAGCGGCUGUUACGGGCCGGUCUCUGUGAAACCAGGAGCGAGGGGAAGAGAGAAGAAACCACCGCCACCCUCCCUGGCUUCCAUCUCUUGUCCUGCCCCAACUACGGAGAGCACCUAAGGAGGGGCGACGUGGACCUGGACGUUGGCGUGGAAGGCAAAAACUCUGCUGAAAUAACUGAGUAAGCGGGAGGUAACGCCUGCUGAGAUUUGUAAGUCCAGCAUUUUGUCUUCAUUUCUCAUGCACGUGUGGCUUGUACAUUUCAGUUUAUGUUUGAUUGUGGAUGCAUUCAUGCCCAUCAGUCAUUUUUAGAACUCGUGUCCUGUGGAUAAUGUCCGGUUUACUCACGCCUUUUCUCCCACCCAUCUUUGUGACUCCCAAAGCAACCGGCCUAUAUUCACAAGCUUAAGAGUUACUCUGCAAACUCUAUGUUAAAGUUUUCCGUUCUGUGCUAGGGUGCCUGGUUCGGAGUUGGGUUAAGUUCCUUUUUUAGACUUCAGCUCCCAGAAUCCCUCAGCCAGCCAGCAGCAGAGCUCAUGGGAGAUAUAAUCUAAAACAAGAUCCCCGAAAUCUGGGCCGUGGUACCUGCUUAACGGCUGUUGAUUAAACAGCCACUUUUAAGAGGUUCACGUGGGACGCGGGUUGGGCUGGCUUGUUGUUUCUCCUUGAGAGGGUUUUCAACCUAAACCCUCCGUCGGUUGUGCCUUCCUGCUUGUUGGAAUGUGUUCUUGGUGUUGCUUUUAUGCCCUGUCUUUUAGUGUCGUGUCGGUUUGUCCCUUUUAAGCAUUUAUAGAUGUCCUGGUUUUUAACUUUAAAUAUUGUCUUAAGGAGAAAGGUGGGGAUCAAAACAUUUUCAAUAAAACCAGCCCAACCGACGAACGGGUCCCACCCUAGACGUCGCCGUCAAGCUUCUGGGGGCAACUCUUUGCUCUCUCAACCAUGUCGGGAAUCCUGGGCAAGAUGCGGAAGCUCGGGAGCUCCGACCUGGAUGACUCCGAAGCGACCGACGACCACACGGAGGGCGAGGAUUCGGCCUCCAGCACCCCCAGCAACAGCAUGAGGGCGGCAGGGGCGAAGCACGGCCUCUUCGCGAGGCGGGCGCGGUUCGGGAUCGGCGACGGCGACAAGGACAUGGCCCCCAUGGAUUCCUUCUACCAAAUGGACCACCUGGUCUCCAGCCCCAUCAUUAAGUUCAGCCUCAGCCUGGAAAGAGGACGGUGCGGCAACCACUGCGCCAAGCUCAUGUCCACGGCUUCCAUCGGGGUACGGGCCGAGAAGGCGUUUAAGAUUUACGACCGGAGGAGGCUGUUUGAGGCAGUGGCCAAGGGCGAUCCCAGUGAUUUGGAUGACCUUCUGGUGUAUCUGCUGGAGACGCUGAAGACCCUGACGGAUGAGGAAUUCAAAGAGCCAGAUACCGGGAAAACGUGCCUGCUGAAAGCCAUGCUCAACCUUCAUAACGGCUGGAAUGACACCAUCCCUCUUUUGCUGGAGAUUGCUGAGAAGACAGAGAAUCUGAAGGAGUUUGUGAACGCUGAAUACACCGACGGCUACUAUAAGGGUCAGACGGCGCUCCACAUCGCCAUCGAGAGGCGGAACUGCUACCUGGUGGAACUCCUGGUCAAGAACGGAGCGAACGUCCACGCAAAAGCCCGCGGGGAGUUCUUCCAGAAGAUCAAAGGGAGGCCUGGGUUUUAUUUCGGUGAGCUCCCGCUCUCCCUGGCCGCUUGCACCAACCAGCUGAACAUCGCCAAGUACCUCCUGGAGAACCCCUACCACCCGGCCGACAUUGCGGCUCAGGAUUCCAUGGGCAACACCGUCCUCCACGCCCUGGUGGAGAUCGCCGACGACACGGAGGACAACACCAAGUUCGUCACCAACAUCUACAACGAGAUCCUCAUCCUGGGAGCCCGGGUCAGCCCCACCCUCAAGCUGGAGGACAUCGCCAACCGCCGAGGGCUUUCCCCGCUGACCCUGGCGGCCAAGACUGGGAAGUUGCAGGUCUUCGCCUAUAUCCUCCGACGGGAGAUGAAGAUGCCGGAAUGCCGCCAUCUGUCCCGGAAGUUCACCGAAUGGGCUUACGGGCCGGUCCAUUCCUCCCUGUACGAUCUCUCCAGCAUAGACACUUGCGAGAAAAAUUCCGUCCUGGAGAUAAUCGCUUACAGCAGUGAGACACCGAACCGUCACGAAAUGCUUCUGGUGGAGCCUCUCAACCAGCUCCUGCAGGACAAGUGGGACCGCUUUGCCAAACACCUUUUCUACUUCAACUUCUUCGUUUACGCCGCCCACAUCCUUAUCCUCACUGUCGCCGCCUACUACAGGCCCACCAAGAAACACGGAACGCCUCCGUUUGCCUUCCAUCACACGACCGGCGAGUAUUUCCGAGUCACUGGGGAGAUCUUGAGCGUCCUGGGAGGCUUCUAUUUCUUUUUCAGAGGGAUCAAAUACUUCAAACAGAGGCGCCCGUCUUUGAAAGCCAUCUUCACAGAUAGCUACAGUGAACUCCUUUUUUUCAUCCACUCGCUCUUACUCCUGGGCGCCUUGGUGCUCUACUUUAGCAGACAAGAACUCUACGUGGUCUUCAUGGUCUUCUCGCUGGCGCUGGGGUGGACCAACCUGCUCUAUUACACCCGUGGCUUCCAGCAGAUGGGCAUCUACUCCGUCAUGCUGGAGAAGAUGAUGCUGAGAGACCUCUGCCGCUUCAUCGUGGUUUACUUAUUGUUCCAUUUGGGCUUUUCCACAGCUGUGGUGACCCUCAUUGAGGAGGAUGACGAGAAGCAGGAGGUUGUGAACCAGACCAACUGCCCGUACCAGCUCAAGCGCCGCCCCUCCUACAACAACCUCUACUCCACCUGCCUGGAGCUCUUCAAGUUCACCAUAGGCAUGGGCGACCUGGAGUUCACCGAGCAGUAUCGCUUCAAGCCCAUCUUCGUCACCCUCCUGGUCCUCUACGUCAUCCUCACCUAUAUCCUCCUCUUGAACAUGCUGAUCGCCCUGAUGGGGGAAACCGUCAACAAGAUCGCCCAGGAGAGCAAAAGCAUUUGGAAGCUCCAGCGAGCCAUCACCAUUUUGAACAUCGAGAACAGCUACUGGAAUUGUAUCGUCAACCCAUUCCGGUCCGGGAGGGAGGUUUUGGUGGGGACAACCCCUGACGGCAAAGAUGAUUACCGUUGGUGCUUCAGGGUCGACGAGGUGAACUGGUCCACAUGGAACACCAACCUGGGCAUCAUCAACGAAGACCCCGGCGGCUGCAACGAAGAUUUGAAACGAAACCUGAGCUUUUCUCUCAAGCCCGGGAGAGUUUCAGGGAAAAACUGGAGAACUCUUGUGCCGAUCCUGCGAGAUGGGAAACGAGAGGGUUCGCUCAAGCCCAUUUCGGAAGACGACACGGAUUCAGAUCAGCCAGAAAUCCGGAAGAAAUCCCUCCCCAAGGUUUGCGGAGUGGACCGAAGGCGAUGAGCAGAUAAUUCCAGAUGCUUCUGUAUCAUCUCGGUAAAAAGUGCAUUGGAUUUUAAGCAGGCGGGCUGUUGUAUAGUUUCAGCCCGUAUUGUUGUAUCUGCCUCAGAGAUGCCCGAAAGCCCUCGGGCCCUCUUAGCCCUUAACUCUUAGUUGCACUGUAUUUAUUGAACUUUUGUUAUCUUCCCCUCUUCCGGUCCCUCUAAAGGAUGGGCGAGGUGGGCUGCGUGGACCUUUGAGAAAGGCAGAGAAUGCGAAUAGGGAACUUCCAGUGAGCUCAGGACCCGAUUUUCACCCACAGCGGACCACACUGGGCUUAGAAAUCGCUGGGAACGGAUGAUGCUGGGGUCCUCAGUGGUGGGGAGGAGCGGAUCCAGUUGAACCUUCGGGCAGGCAUAGGCCAAAGAAUGGCCGGGGGCCACGGAGGCUCCCCAAAGCAGCUUUUGUGCCUUCACCCCCAUCAAAACAGGCCACUGCGUUUUGUUGGCAAACUGGGGGAAACUUUAAAACAAGCAAAAAAAGAUUUUAAAAAUUGCUGUUGGCUGCUAUUAUGUGUUACUGUGACUGCCUCACUGUGUGUUUAGUGAUUUUAUUCGUCCCUGUAACUUGCUUUGGAAAAGUUUAUUUUUUUCCUAAUAUUGCAGAGUAUAAGAAUAUAUUACAAAAUAAAAUGAAGGAAACAUGGAACCUUCCACAGGUGCUUGUGACUAAUUUUUCUCUCUGUG